AUGCCAGCAGAAAACAUUCAGUAUUCAGAAAAAUAUUUCGAUCAGCACUACGAGUAUCGACACGUAAUUUUACCAGCAGACUUGGCGAAGCUAGUUCCGCGUUCACAUUUGAUGACAGAGUCCGAAUGGAGGAAUUUGGGGGUGCAACAGAGUCCUGGAUGGGUUCACUAUAUGCUGCACACACCUGAGCCACAUGUACUGUUAUUUCGGAGGCCAAUAUCAGGAGCUAAUAACACAGAACAUUGA